CGAUCGGACGGCCGCUCGGUGACUAGAAGAACCCCCACCGCCGACCGCAGCCAAACCCUUCCUCCCCUUCCGCCCCGUCCCGUCUCCCUCCCCCCUUCCUCGGCGGCCGCCGCCGCCCCCCAUCGCGGCGAGUCACCCCGCCCGCAGCCGACCUAAGCUGCCGCCGCGUGCACCCGGGAUCACCGAGGAGGCGGCGCCAUGAGGUUGGAGAAGUGCUGGUUCUGCUCCUCCACCGUCUACCCCGGCCACGGUAUCCAGUUCGUCCGCAACGACGCCAAGAUCUUUCGGUUCUGCCGAUCAAAAUGCCACAAGAACUUCAAGAUGAAGAGGAACCCUCGCAAGGUUAAGUGGACCAAGGCGUACAGGCGCCUGCGUGGAAAGGACAUGACACAGGAUGCCACGUUUGAGUUCGAGAGGAAGAGGAACAGGCCGGAGCGCUACGACCGUAACGUCACUGAGCAGACUCUGAAGGCCAUCCCGCUUAUCACGAAGAUCAGACAUGAACGGCAGAAGAAACACAUUACAGAGAGACAGAAGGGUGGUAAGAGCAUGGUGCGAAAGAGCGACGCUAAGGAGCUGGAUCAGUUUAUCGACAUGGUUCCCAAGCAGGAAACCGAGAACUAUGUAGCCAAGCAGAAGGUUCUAGUUUCUCAGCUGAAGACCGAAGAGAAUCUUAUGGAAGAGUAAUGGAAUCAAACAGUUUUGUGUGUGCGCGUGCAUGUGAUCCUUUCUAUAUGAAGUGCUUUGUGUUUCAUCAGAUUGUAGACGACAGUGAACAUUUGUUUUCUACUUACUAUGAGCAAGUUAUGCAUGUGAUGUUAUCGCGUGGACGAUGGUCAGAUUUGCUCUCCUACCGUUUAAUAGAAUUGUGAAAUUAACCAGUCA